AUGAAUUUUCAUGAGAGAUACCUGAAACUCAGAAGGGAAGAAAUAGAUAGGUAUGCAGCCAUUGAGGAGAGGAAAUUAAAGGACCCCUUCAGCAUCAAGAAAUGCAUCAAAGCACUUGAAAGGUUGGAGGAUCUUUCGAUGGCAGAUAUGCUAAAAGCAGCGGACAUCUUCACCGCCAACAAGGAGAACAGGGAAGUAUUUCUAUCAUUUUCAAGUAACGAAUUACGAACCGCACAGUUAUGGCCACCGCCGUGGCCAGUCGCCUCAGCGUUGCACGUCCCACAAACCUUCGCUCUGCGGCAGGGUGAGUUGGAUGGGCGCUUUGCGGAUGCCGAAGAGAAACCAGCAGCAGCAUCCGAGGAGCCUAGGGAGACAGAGGCAGAGGCAGAGGAGGACGAGGAGUAUUGGUCCUACCAUGACGUGGGUGAAGCCCUAGACUGGCUUGACACUGCGGAGGGCCCGGAUGGCUCGACACGUCUUUCCUCAACAUUCUCGGCUGCCGGAAGUGCGGCUGCGGCGCGGAGGCCGAACGCACAUGGCGGCAUGCUCGCGCGCACACUCCAGCCACUCUCCAACCGCACACAGAAGCUCGCCUCACACGUCCGUGCCGCUCCGUUGGAGGAGUGGGAAGGUAGAAUGAACGUGGGGAUGUCAAAUUCCGUGACAACUGCAAUCAGGGACAGCAUAAGAGAUACUGCAAUUGGGAAAACAAGGAACACUGGGAAGGCAGAUCGUGCUACAGUUGAACAGGCUAUUGACCCAAGAACCCGCAUGGUUUUGUAAAUGCUAAACCGUGGUGUUUUUAAUAACAUAAAUGGUUGCAUUUCAACCGGAAAAGAGGCAAAUGUAUAUCAUGCAACAAAGACAGAUGGCAGUGAGUUAGCAAUCAAAGUCUAUAAAACUUCAGUGCUUGUUUUUAAGGAUAGAGAUCGAUACGUUCAAGGAGAUUAUCGUUUUAGACAUGGUUACUGCAAGCAUAAUCCUCGGAAAAUGGUAAAGACUUGGGCUGAAAAGGAAAUGCGAAAUCUUUUACGAGUUAGAGCAGAAGGAAUUCGAUGCCCGAAGCCAUUUUGGGAUGCAGGUGUGACACCAUUGCUCUUGAGGCUUCAUGUUUUGGUGAUGGAAUUUAUAGGAAAAGGAGGUUGGGCUGCUCCUCGACUUAAGGAUGCUGCUUUGUCGGAUGACAAGUUGCGUGAAACUUACUUUGAGAUUGUUACAACAAUGCGGACACUUUACCAAAAGUGCAAGCUUGUCCACGGUGAUUUGAGUGAAUACAACAUUCUUUAUUUUGAGGGGCACUUGUACAUCAUUGAUGUUUCACAGUCUGUCGACCUUGACCAUCCUUCAGCUUUGGAUUUCCUGAAGGAAGAUUGCUUGCAUGUUAAUGAUUUCUUUAAAAAACGAGGCGUUGCUGUCAUGACAGUAACAGAGCUAUUUAAUUUCGUUGUGGAUCAAAAUAUCGCUGAUGAAGAUGUUGAUGAUUACCUGGAGAAGGUUCAGCAGAAGAUUCUGGAAAAUGGAGAUACAGCUGCAGAUGAUGAUGCAAUUGCUCCGACUGUCUUGGUGCAGACGUUGGAUUAUGUGAAGCAAUGUGAGGCAGAGAUUGUCAGCAUGUCCAUGAUGCAACGUCCCUCUAUCGGUUAUGAGCCAACAGCAGAUAAGCUUUAUGACCAGCCACUGUUAGGAUUUGUGCGGACUAUAAAUGAGCAUACCGAAAACCAGGAAGCACAAUCGGCACAAAAUACACCGGAAGAACCCUUGGACCUGCAAACUAAGUGCUGCUCCUUGGAGAACAAGGAGGAAGAUGAAUCGGGUGACAGUGAAUCUUGCUCUAGUUCCGACGAAGACGGUUCGUGGCACGAGUCCACAAAGAUGGGGCCCGAGGAAAGGAAGGCUGCUCGCAAGGAAAACAAGAAGAAAGUGAAGGAAGAGAAGAGGGAAACUCGCAAGACGAAGAUCCCCAAGGCUGAUAAGAAGAAGAGGAAGAAAAUGGCGAAAGCUAAGUGCAAGCUAAGUACAGCGACGUGUUUGGAGAACCAAAGAAACUGCCACCACACCGUCAAUAUGAUCAUGCCAUUACAUUGGUCUGCAAUAUUCAGAUCCGUAUAUAUUUUGCAAACUUCUAUGUCUCCCUCCUUGACUAGAUCGCGGAUGGAAUUGAAGCAUCUCUUGAUGUGCUUGGUUUUCUUGUGAAAUCUGGAUUUCUUCG